AUACUUUGUUUUGGUUUUCAUUGAGAACUUUGCAAAAAUCGACUUGAAUUUCUUUCUUUGUCUAAAGUUCCUUUGAUUCAGUCGAGCUUUGACAAGAGUGGACUAGAAUGUCGCACCGCCACCAGGACAUUCCCAUCCGCCCGCGCUACGGGUAUGUGGCCGAGGAGAGUGGCCCAGUGGACGGGGCAACUAGGAGCUCCGGAUCCGGAGCCACGCCCGCCUCCUCGUACACGGAAAUUCCGUUUCUGGCUCAGUAUCCGGGAGCGGUGCCAGAGCACGUGCUGCAGGAUCUCACGCCCACGGCCACUGGCCAACCUGCAAUCCCCGGAAGCUCAAAGCCAAGACCCAACGGCGAGAGAUACCUAAACCUGGAUUCUGGCGAGGAUCCCGACGAGGAAGACGAUCCCCUCGAGGAGGAGGACAACAGCAACUCGAAUAGCAACUCCAAGGGCAGUUCCGGGGACAUCGAGAGGCCCAGAGUUAAAGCAGAGAGCACUGUGCCCUACGAGCUGGAGGGUGAAACCAGCGACUCCGACGGAAUGCGCCACUUUGUGGCCCACGAUCUGGAAGCCAAGCUGCGCGAACGAGUGGCGGCCUCUGACUACUCCUCGGAGCACACCACGCCCCUCAACUCCAUGUGUCCCAUGGGAGGCACUUCCGGCAACGGUCUGCUCACGCGGAGGUUCCUUCAGUCGCGCAACAUUCCCGAAGUGGACGGCAGCGUCUUGAGCGACAUCGAGCUGGAAGCCCAGUACUUGGCCAGCUCGGUGGACAAUCUGAUGGAGAACCUGGGCAACCUGCUGCACUCCAUCUCCUCCAUAACGGCCGACAACGUGGAGGUGCACCGCAACGCCGUCAACAAGCUGACGGACACCUUGGAUGCCAACAUUAAGUGCCAGUACCAAUUGCUCGCCAAGACGGAGGAAAUCACCAAGUCGAUGAAAUCCACAGAGCAAGUGGGUCAGCGCAUAAGGCAGAUCAAGCGGCUGGUGGACAUGUUGGACAGCACCAUGUAAAAGAGGGCUAUGCUAUCCUGUGAUGAAUCAAUCAAAAAGAUCUUGUGUUUCUAGUCAUUCCGUAAAUACAUUUAAUCAGUGUUUAAA